CAAUCUUUCCCAACAAUACAGCGCUUCCGGUCGUGCAGAGCUCGGCGUGGAACGCAUGUGACUAUUUCUAUAUCUCACUUAUAAUGCCAGAUUUAAUUAUAGACUUUUUUUGAAUAAACAUUAUUUGUUCGCAGAUUAAAACUAUUUGUGAUAAAUAAUGGAAAUUGAGGACAGAGAUUUCCUCAAUACACCUCCAAAGAAAACUGUGCGUUUUGGAGGCACAGUUUCCAAUACAUUAGCUAAACUACAAAAGGGCGACACAAGUGAUUAUGAAUUGAUAAAACAUCAACUCUCAGAUCCUGAUAUUAAGGACGCUCAAAUUAUCAGCUGGUUGCAGGAAUUCAGGACCUGUGUCACUCAACUUGGCAAAGAUCAUGAGCAAUUAAUAUAUGUUGUUUUGAAGCUGCCAUGGCUCGGUCGCAGUCAGGCUGUGGUGGAAGAAUAUCUGGCUUUUCUGAGUAACCUGGUGUCAGCCCAGACAGUUUAUCUCAGAGCCUGUCUCAGAAUGGUCGUCUCUAAUUUUGCACCAAAAAGAAUAAGAAUCCAGGAAGGAAAUGUGGAUAUUUCAGACUCUGAUGACGAAGAUGAAAAUCUCCCGAGGACAUUUGAUCAGUGUCAUCAAGCCUUGCAGCUGAUUGCAAGAUAUGUUCCAUCAACCAGUCGAUUCCUGAUGUCAAUCCUUUCUGAUAAGUUCCCUUUUGUGCAGAAAUCCUCCAGAACACUUGAGUGUUACGUGCACAACCUGUUGAGAGUUUCCGUCUACAUCCCUGACUUGAGGAGAGACAUCUUAGAGCUCAUCAUCAGCAAGAUGCUCACACUAGAUGUUAGUGCACCACGGAGUGAGAUUGAAGAAGUGGAAAGUGGAGCUCAGCAAGAUGCUAAUGGAGCAUCACAGGAUGACUGCCUCUUUGACAUGGAUGAAGAAGAGGACUCUCCACUGGAUUCAUCGAGACCCGAUCGAGCUGUGAUGGUCCAUCCUGUGGCAGAGAGACUGGACACGAUGAUGACUGUCCUGCUGGCUUAUAUUGAGGACAUUUGCCAUGUCAAUGGCUCAUUAGAUAUUGAGAAAACCAAAGCUCUGUACAGAGACCUGCUGUCUGUGUUUGAUAAGGUGGUGCUUCCCACUCACGCUUCCUGUCACGUGCAGUACUACAUGUUCUACCUGUGCAGCUUCCGCCUGGUGAGUUCCCACUACUCUGUUAUUCUCAAACAAACAAACAAAAUCAUAACUUUUCUCUGUUUUUUUUUUUUUCAGGGUUUGGCUGAAGCUUUUUUGGAUCACUUAUGGAAGAUGUUACAAGCCCCCAACCAGCCCCCCGUCCUGAGACAGGCUGCUGCUGGAUACAUGGGCAGCUUCAUGGCAAGAGCCAAGUUUUUGCCAGUAUCGACAGUCAAGGCCUGUCUGGACCUGUUGGUUCCCUGGUUGCACCUUUAUAUUAACAGUCAGGACUCGGGAUCCAAAGCAUUCUGUGACGUCAAUCUGCACGGCCCAUUUUAUACAGCCUGCCAGGCUGUGUUUUACACGCUCAUCUUCAGACACAAUGCCAUUCUGGAGGGCAAUAUGAAGAAAGGGUUGGCGUACCUUCAAGGUUUGAAUCUCGAGCGUAUAGUGAUGUGCCAGCUCAACCCGCUGAGGGUCUGUCUACCUGCUGUCACCAACAUGUUUGCAGCCAUCACCAGGAAGUACCAGCUCGUGUUCUGUUACACCAUCAUUGAGCGGAACAACCGGAACUUGUUGCCAGUGGUGAGCUGUUCAACGGGCGGCAGCUCAGUGUCCACUAACACAAACCCUCUGGAUACCUUCUUCCCUUUUGAUCCGUAUCUCCUGAAAAGCUCUGGAAAACUCAUUGAGCCAAUCUACCAGGCGUGGGAGGAGCCAUCCGAUUGUAUGAUAGAUGUGCCCAAGAAGGAAGUGAGAAAGGGGUCUAUGGAGGAAGAAGAUGACUUUCUGCACGGAGACUCAGUAGCAGGCAUGACUCCGGGUUCUUAUGACUCUCAUCUGCACAGUCCACGGAGCGUUGGCUCUCCCCCUGUCUCCUUCCUGCAGCGGCCUUUCUGAUCCACUGUUGUAGCAAUCAGCUGGUCACAGAUGGGCUGUUCAGCCCAAUAUCACACCAGGAGGGGGCGCUCAGGGACUGCUUGUGAUGGCACAAAUUUGACUGGAGCCCUUCACACAGCAGCAUUACUGACCCCAGUGUUUGGCAGUAGUUUUACUAAACCCUCUACUUCACUUUAAGACUGCAUCAUAAAAUACAAAUGUGUUUAUUGAACAUUUGUGCUAUAUUAAUAGUAAAAUGAUAGAAACAUUGGUGGUUUAUCAAGUAGACAGUCAGAUGUAUUUUCUGUUUUCAGGAGAAACUGUCAGCACAGAUGUGGCAGUUGUAAUGAAAUUCUCAGUGUGUUCUCACUUUGAGUAAAUGUAAGAUUUUCAGUUUAUUCUGAAAUGAUUUGAGAGGUUAGAAUUGCCUGGUGGUGUGUUGAAAUGGUAAAUGGGUGUCACUUCCCAUGAUACGAGUUUGAGCUCUGACUAAACCAGUGUGUUUGCACAAAAUAUUCUGUAGGAAAUUGACAUACAGAGAAUACCUUCAUUUAAAUAUGGUUUUCUAUGUUACUUGUUGAAAUUUUAACUGUUGUCGUCAUAGCCUCCUCAGUGAAUUGUACUUUUGUGUACAGUUUUGAAUUCAACUUGAAAUUAAUUAACAUUAAAUAAUAAAAUGGUCUAGCUGUU